AUAUCAAAUCAAUGAUAUCAUACUCGCUAAGAUCAAACAUUAUUCUCUUUCAUUUCUUCUAACAACUUUUUAUCUAAGAAAUCAAAAUAUUGAAAUCAACGGUCGAGAUCUCUCUAUCUCAGCGAGUGUGUGAACGUUGCUGAGUUCACUCAGCGCGUGAACAAAACUAGUUCUUCUUCUUCUUCUUGCUCUUCUGACUCACUCUCUCUCAUUCGUCACAUUCUUCGUUUUCUUCUUCAUUUUCAUCUUCCGCUCUCGUGAAAACAGUGGAAGAGAGGUUGAAGAGCAUUUUCGAUUUCAGUGGAGAUUUUCACGAAGAGGUGGAAGAGCAUUGUUGGUUUCAGUGGAGGUUUUGACGAAGAGGUGGAAGAGCAUUGUUGAUUUCAGUUGAGAUUUUGGCGAAGAGGUUGAAGAGCAUUAUUGAUUUCAGUGGAGAUUUUUACCAAGAGGUUGAAGAGCAUUGUUGAUUUCAGUGGAGAUUUUGACGAAGCAGCUCGAAGAUCUCUAAUUUGCAAAAUUAGCGGAUAAAAAAUGGGUGACUAUUCUGGUCUGGAUAGUGAUAUAGAUUGGAACACCGAUGAUGAGCUUGAGAUUGAGAGUUUUCAACCCUCCUGUUCAACUGUUGUUCCCAGUGGGCAGACUAUUACUGCUGGGUCUGUAGAGCCAAGCUCAUUCGCAGGUCCAUCUAACACCAAGGUGUUUGACCACUUCAUCAGUAUGGGAUUUCCUGGUGAAGUCGUUUCAAAAGUCAUUCAAGAGCAUGGUGAGGAGAAUGAAGAGAAACUGCUUAAUGAGAUUCUCACAUACUCAGUUCUUGAAAGUUCUCCUCAGCAGCAACAGCCAGCUGAACUAGACCCCACCUCAUCCGAGUGUGCGGGGAGUUCGUGGGAGGAUUUAUCGGAAGAUGAUUUUUUUUCUGAUGAAGAAUUGCCAAAAUUCGAUUCUACCAAUGAUGAUACGUUGACGAAACUUGUAAAAAUGGGAUUUGAAGAGGAGGAGGCUUUAGUGGCCAUCGACAGAAUAGGUUCAGACUCACUUGAAGCUCUGGUCGAUUUUAUUGGUGCUGCUCAAGUGGCGAAAGCAGAGAAUGCCCUUCUGCUUCCUGAAGAUAAGCCGGGAUGCUCCGGGAAUCCAAAGCUGAAAAAGCGCAGUCUCUAUGAAUAUGAGGUCCUUGGGAAGAAAAGACCGAAGUUAGAGAAGAGAACACUAUGUGAAGACGAGGAGGAGGCGCAAACGCUUAAUCUGCCUAAUCCUAUGAUGGGGUUUGGUAUUCCUAAUGAGCCCAGUUCUAUGAUUACACACAGGAGACUGCCUGAAAAUGCCGUUGGCCCGCCCUAUUUCUACUACGAGAAUGUGGCGUUGGCACCGAAAGGUGUCUGGCAAACAAUCUCAAGGUUCUUAUAUGAUGUGGAACCCGAGUACGUCGACUCAAAAUACUUUUGUGCUGCUGCGCGUAAACGUGGAUAUAUUCACAAUCUCCCAAUUGUGAAUAGAUUCCCUCUUUUACCUCUUCCACCGCGCACCAUCCAUGAUGCAUUCCCUUUACUAAGGAGGUGGUGGCCGACAUGGGACCCCAGGACAAAGCUUAAUUGUUUGCAGACCGUACAUGCUAGUGCGAAACUUACCGACAGAAUCCGGAAAGCGGUAGAAAGUUGUGAUGAUUUUGAGGAACCUUCUGAAACGGUAAAAAAAUAUGUGUUGGAUCAGUGUCGGAAAUGGAACCUGGUAUGGGUGGGUAAGAAUAAAGUUGCCCCCCUAGAGCCCGAUGAAGUUGAGAUGCUGUUGGGAUUCCCUAGGAAUCAUACAAGGGGUGGUGGAAUCAGUAGGACGGACAGAUUCAAGUCACUUGGAAAUUCUUUCCAGGUCGACACAGUAGCAUAUCAUCUAUCAGUUUUGAAGGAGAUGUAUCCUAAAGGGGUGAAUCUUCUAUCUCUUUUUUCUGGAAUUGGUGGUGCAGAGGUAGCUCUGCAUAGACUUGGCAUCCCUCUAAGGAAUGUAGUGUCAGUCGAGAAAUCUGAAGUGAACAGGAACAUUGUUAGGAGUUGGUGGGAGCAAACCAACCAAAGGGGUAAUUUAGUUGAUUUUGAUGAUGUGCAACAGCUAGAUGCCGACCGUUUGGAGCGGCUGAUGGGCGCAUUUGGUGGCUUUGAUCUAAUUGUUGGUGGAAGCCCUUGCAAUAAUCUGGCUGGAAGCAAUAGGGUUAGUCGGAAUGGACUUGAGGGCUCGGAAUCUAUCCUAUUUUAUGAAUACUUUAGGAUUUUAGACUUAGUGAAGGUUAUGGCGCCUAGAUUUCGAUGAAACUGUCUAUAGAAAUCUCCUUUCAAGGCUUCAUAUUCAUUCCGAACAUUUAGGAUCUUAUUUAACUUCAUAGGCAAACAAUUAUCAUCCCAUUUUUGUUGUCGAACAAGUAAAGGCAACAAUAUAAAUAAUUUUUUCUCAACAUUUUUUAUUUCAAUUUACUUAUUUGUUUUAGUACUUUACAUUUGUGGUUUAGUACAUCUGAAAAUGAUAGAUGGAUCCACUAGUCAGUCUUUAUAAUGAUAUGUUGUCUGAUUCUUGCUUUCAAA